AUGGGAGGACAAAUUUCGUUUCCUCGGGUAACCAUUCCUGCAAGCCGGGUACAUAUUAUAACAGGAUCCAACACAGGCAUCGGAUACGAAACAGCAAAAUGGAUAGCAAUGUUAGGGGGAACUGUGAUAAUGGCAUGCAGAUCGAAGACCAGAGCAGAAGAGGCGAUUUUCCGGAUGAAGAAAGAGUAUGAACAUGAAAAGACCAAGGGGUCACUUGGAGGUCUCGAAGGCGCAAUGCAGCUUAAAGUCUUCUUCAUGAAGUUGGACUGUAGUUCUCUCAAAUCAACAAUGGAGUUUAUUGACGAAUUCAAGAAAACCGGUCUUGCCCUCCAUGUCUUGAUAUGUAAUGCUGGUGUCGGAAUGCAUAAACAAGCUUUUACCGAAGACGACAACGAAAUCCAUUUUCAGGUGAACUACCUUAGCCAUUUUUUGAUUGCGGCACAUCUACUUCCCCUUAUGAAGCGAUCAGGAGAUGAUUGCCGUAUUGUACUUGUAUCCAGCAUGCUACACAGCCUUGCUAAGUUUGAACUGUCAACUAUACAUGGCAAACAGUGUUCAGCACGAACUUUCGAUAGACUACAGUAUUACGGCCGUUCAAAACUAUACCAGAUUAUGCAGAUGUACAGCAUGAAUCGUCGACUCCGAAGUUCAAACGUUACUGUUACGUCAUUACAUCCAGGGGUGGUACGAACAGAACUAGAAAGAAAUUUCAAAGACUUCCCAACUAUGAGAGUGGGCAUGUUUAUGGCAAAGCUGAUUGGUUACUCCGUAGAUCCAUUUGAAGGAGCUCAGACAACCCUUAAUGCUGCUAUAAAUCCUGACUUAGCCGGAGUGAGGGAUGUGUAUUUUGUUAAAUGUAGAGGCGAGUGUCCGGCAGAAGCUGCAAGAAACGUUGCGUACCAAGAAUCGCUAUGGCAGUACACUCUUGAUAGUCUGGAUUGUUACCUUACGGAUGACGUCAAAAGUGAGCUGAACGGCAACGUCAAGAGCAACCUAAAGCGUGGUUCUGUACGAUGGUCGCCGUAG